GCUGGUUUCCGGUAGUAUGGCGACGACGUGGAUACCCUACUUCUUUUUAGUUUGUGCAAGGAGAGACUGGUUUGUGCUCUGAGCCAGGCAGACCUCUUCGCCAGUACAGAGUGCGAGGGACUAUGCUGCUGCCGCUGUUGGCGCUGGGCACAGUCUUCAAUUGCGCUGUGGUUGGGACGAAGCAAGCUGAGAACAGCAGCCACAAACCGCUACUCAACUACAGCAGUUUCUCUCUACCGGAGGAGCAUAUCCCGUACUUUUUGCGCAACAACAGGAAGGUUGCCGAACUUUGCCGACAGGACCCGCUGUGCCCUUUCAAAGAUGCCCUGCGGGUGAAGCAUGCUUGUUGGGGGCAUGAGAAGAAUUGCUCCCCUGAGCACAGAAUGGGGUACCCAGUCUGCUCUGCAGUAGACUCUGGAUGGGCCAGCUCAGUGUCAGCAGCCCAGGAACUUUUCUGGAAGCAGGCCGACUUUGGCUACGUGCGGGAACGUCGGAGUGAACUGAAGACACUCUGCAAGCCCUUGAAUCCAGGAGACUCCUCUCUGAAAUGUGCCAAUCACAUGCGUUUCUGCCGGGUCACCAACCUGUACUUGGACCUGAGGAACGCCCGGAGAGGUCAUGAGAGGUACAAGGAGGACUUCUUACAGAGGGGGGAGAUAGGAGGCCGCUGCCGGCUCAAGAGUAAAGCAUUGGCCGCAAAGGGGCAGCAUAAGAGCCCUCUCCAGUCCUGGUUUGCAGAAUUAGAGACUUUCACAGAACUGGACUUCCAUCCAGUAGAUGAUGGCCAUUGUGAUGUUGUCAUUGAGAAGCCUACGGUAUUUAUGAAACUGGAUGCAGGGGUGAACAUGUACCACCAUUUCUGUGACUUUGUCAACCUCUACAUCUCCCAGCACCUCAACAACUCCUUCAGCCGGGACAUCAACAUUGUUAUGUGGGACACUAGUGUUUAUGGUUACGGAGACCUCUUUGAGGAAACAUGGAGGGCCUUCUCGGAUUACAGCAUUAUUCAUUUGAAAACCUUUGAUUCGAAAAGGGUGUGUUUCCGAGACGCGUUCUUCUCGCUACUCCCGAGGAUGAGAUUCGGCCUCUUCUACAACACUCCGUUGAUCUCCGACUGCCACAGUGAGGAGGGGAUGUUCAGGGCAUUCUCUCAGCACGUCCUUCAUCGACUCAACAUUCCACAGGAAGCGCCCACGGAUGGACGGGUACGCGUCACGCUUCUGGCCCGGAGCACCGAGUACCGUCGGAUCUUAAACCAGCAGGAGCUUAUAAACGCCCUGAAGACCGUGCCUUCGUUUGAGGUCAGGAUUGUGGAUUACAAAUACAAAGACAUGCCUUUCCUGGAGCAGGUCAGGAUAACACACAACUCGGACAUCUUUAUCGGGAUGCACGGUGCGGGCCUCACUCACCUACUCUUCCUGCCGGACUGGGCAGUCAUCUUUGAGCUAUAUAACUGUCAGGACGAGAGCUGCUAUCGAGAUCUGGCACGGCUGCGGGGGGUUCGUUACGUGACUUGGCAGAAAAGGGACAAAGUGGUCCCGCAGGAUAAGGGCCACCACCCCACGCUGGGGGAGCACCCCAAGUUCACCAACUACUCCUUCCACGUGGAGGAGUUCAUGCGGCUGGUGCUGCAGGCUGCGGACCACGUGCGGGGCCACCGGAAGUGGCGCGCGGAACGCCACCGGGAUGAACUGUGAGACGACCGGCAGCGAGUGAACACACCCGACCCACCCACCCACACACACACACACACACACACACACACACACAUGUACACUUCUCCAUCUUCAUCAGUGCUUCUCCUUUUUUAAGACACUCCAGCUUCAGACUCCACUUCUUGCCCCCCCCGGUCACCGAGUCGUUUGCUCCGAGUGCCAGCUGAUGAACCGGCAGGAACUCAUUUGUCCGUGUUUGUGCUCUCCGCUCAUUAGUAGGCGGCGCGGACAGAGGACCUCUGCUCUCCCGGCUUCCAUAGCCCUGCCUCUGCAUACGCUCACACAAGCAUGCUAUGACAGCAGCUCAGCUCCACGGAAGAGGGGGUGUCAGUGGCGUGCGUGCUUGCGUGUGUGUUGUGUGUGUGUGUCUUGUCUGUCUGUGUGUGUGUGUGUGUGUGUGUCUGUGUGUGUCUGUGUCUGUGUCUGUGUCUGUGUGUGUGUAUGUGUGUGUGUCUGUGUGUGUGUGUGUGUGUGUGUGUGUGUGUGUGUGUGUGUGUGUGUGUGUGUGUGUGUGUUGCAGCCUGUGGGUCAAUCAGUGGGCCCUGUGUAUGAGUGAGCCCUCUGCUGCAGGACCCUUGACAUUAAUUAGAGGCUUCAUUAACGGGGGAGAUGAGUGCCGCGGUGUGCCCGUCGGCAAGAGACCAGGCCGUUCCCUUAUGAAUGUGUUGGCACCUGCCCGCCCAGAAGGUAGGCCGGUUUCACAACAGCACGUCACCUCCAAGCUGACCACGCAGAGUGACAGGACCGGGCAUCUUAUAUUAGUUCACCAAGCAACUUGGGGUACAUGCCAGUCCCUGGCAUAGCACAAGCACAGUUCGCUGAAUGUAUUUGAUGGAAGUUGUAGAGAUUUGUGACCACCAUGUUUGAUCUUGUGGUAUUUAUUUUGUUAAUUUAUGUCGAGUGGAUGCUUCUUUCUGACAGCACAGUGUUUUGAAAAAGAAACGAGGAAAAGAAAAGAGGUUAAACAUUCCUUAUCUUAAUCUGUCUGUAUGUAGGCUUGGUAAUACGGAUAUGCCAUCGCCUGUGUUCUUAAAAUAUUCCAUAUUCAUUUAUUUCCUUAGCACCUGUUUGGAUGACCUACAGAAUCAUGACAAACAUUCCCCCUUCGCACCCCCAAAAAAGUGCAUUUUAUUUUAUACUUGAAAUUUUGGAGGACCAAGAUGUUUUGUAUUUGAAUAUUUGUUUUAUGUCAAAAAUGAAUGUAUUUUUAAAAGUCAAA